GGCCCGCCCCCCACCCUGGAGAUGCCGCGCGUCUACAUCGGGCGCCUCAGCUACCACGUCCGCGAGAAGGACAUCCAGCGGUUCUUCAGCGGCUACGGCCGCCUGCUCGAGGUCGACCUGAAGAACGGGUAUGGAUUCGUGGAGUUCGAGGACUCCCGCGACGCGGACGAUGCCGUUUACGAGCUGAACGGCAAAGACCUGUGCGGCGAGCGGGUCAUCGUGGAGCACGCCCGGGGCCCGCGCCGGGACAGGGACGGCUACAGCUACGGCAGCCGCAGUGGUGGAGGUGGUGGUGGAUACAGCAGUCGGCGAACCACCGGAAGAGACAAGUACGGGCCACCCGUUCGUACAGAGUACAGACUGAUAGUAGAAAACCUUUCUAGUCGGUGCAGUUGGCAAGAUCUAAAAGAUUUCAUGAGGCAAGCUGGCGAAGUGACCUACGCGGACGCUCACAAAGAGCGCACGAACGAAGGGGUGAUCGAGUUCCGCUCCUACUCCGACAUGAAGCGUGCCCUGGACAAACUGGACGGCACGGAGAUCAACGGCCGGAAGAUCCGGCUGGUGGAGGACAAGCCCCGGACGAGCCACCGGCGAUCCUAUUCCGGGAGCAGGUCCAGGUCUCGGUCUAGGAGACGCUCACGCAGCAGAAGUCGGAGGAGCAGCCGCAGUAGGUCCCGAAGCGCUUCGAAAAGUCGUUCCCGAUCCAAAUCCAGGUCGCGAAGCAAAGAUCGUUCCCGGUCCCGAUCGAAAAGCAGGAAGUCGAGGUCAAAGAGCAAGUCCAAGCCCAAGUCCGAUCGGGGCUCCCGCUCCCGCAGUAGGUCCAAGGAGAAGUCGAAGUCCCGCAGCAGGUCCAGGUCCGUGUCUCGGUCCCCCAAGGAAAACGGGAAAGGAGAAACGAAGUCCAAAUCGAGAUCGAGGAGCCAGUCCCAUUCCAAUUCGCCGCCGCCGCCGCCACCCGCAAAGGCCCGUUCCGAGUCUCCGCCCAAAAGAGCCGCGUCCAGAUCCCGUUCGAGGUCUCGCUCAAAGUCUCGUUCACGGUCGAGAUCUAGCUCGAGAGAUUAAAAAUCUGGAACUCUCCUCUCUUUGCACACUAUUACCGAACAUUUUCUUACUUGCCGGUCUAUUAGUCUUUAAUUGUUAGUACUUCAGACGGUGGUCUCUUCUUCCGCAGAAGGGAGCAGCCUGAGAGCGGGCGAAAACAAACAAAAAAAAAGCUCUGAUUUGUGGUUAAAUUCGAUGAAAAACAUGAGGGUCUAAAGAAACGGUGGCACAAAGGCAGCCCCCUUUUGUAGAAAUUAAGCUCACUUUGAUUUUAUAGCAUUUCCGUCGGAAUAACUUUUGUAGCAAUUAAGUUGUCUUUGAUUUUAUUGCAUUUAAACAGGAUUAUUAACAUGUUCGGGUGGAAAGCAGGUUGGUUUGGUUUUUUUGUUUGUUUGUUUUUUAAUGAAACUCAUUUCCAAGCUUUAGAUUAAUGAGGCUUUGGAGAGGACCUAAUUUUUCAAAUUGUGGUUUUUUUUUUUUCUCGUUACGGACGUCAUCGAGUCGUGUAAAGGAUUAAAAUAAAAUGGCUUGCUACCAAGGGCAUGAAGGCCUCAUUGUAAAGGUCGCUGUAGGUGUUCUAAACAUCUGUAUCUGGUCUCUAGUUUGUGGAAAUGAAAUGUGAACUACACAUAUGGUUAGUGUAAAACUAGGCAAAUCUGAAACCAGCAAUAAAUUCUUCAAUUUGGCAUAUCACUACGCCUCUGCGCUGUAAAUGGAUUUUACUUGCCAAAAGUAAGCCCCUUCGUGCCCCUUAACUGUAUAACCGUUCAAAACGAAUAAAGGUACUUAUUUGUAGUCUCGCAUGAUGCCGCAGUAAUGUCUAAAUCAACAGCUAGCACGGGACAGACGAUGGAAGGGUAACUUUCAUUUUGCUUGAAUUCCAGGUGACCGGCAGUCCCAACCUUUGGAACGGUCACCUGGGAUCCCCACUUGAAUGAGGAAGUGGUGGUUGCCAUUCCUGUCUCGUAUGGUUUGCCGACCUCUCAUUGCCGAUGGGGUAUUUAAAGUAGCGAAAGUUUGAGGCUGCCUUCCCCCUUACGGGUUUUAACAUCAACUUGCGUUCAAAAUGAAAAAGUGUGAAUCUCGCGUCUUUUUUGGAAUCCGAAUGUACCGGAUAGCUAAGAGUUCUAGUCUUAAACAGAUGGCUUUGCUAAACUAGUUGCCAAGUCCAUUUAUACAUCUGUGGAGUAGGACCUCACCCAGCAGCGCAGCCCCUUUAGAGCUAAAUGGAUUUUUUUUUUUUUGUACUAUGCCUUAGAGAACAUUAGAACUCCCUUGUACCCUUUAUACGACGUGUAGUUUGGUGUAAAAUUAAAUCAGUGAAUCCUCGA